AUGGCCAACCAUCUUGACGUCGGCCCGUCAACACUCUACGACGGCGAUAACGCUGCCUUUGUCGCCAGCCUCGACUCUAGCACAGCGACAGAACAGCCUGCCGCCGUCAAUGUUGCACCGCCAAGCCACUGGGGCGCACCCGAGGCCGCUGUCGUCGCCGCUGCCUGCCCCUCGCUCAAGGCGCUCAGGCUCUGGUCAAUCUCGGGCAUCACCGCACCAGGCAUCGCCACGGCAGUCGCUUCUUGGCCAGAUCUCAUCUCGUUUGUUGCCUACAGCUGCGACUCGUUCUCCGAUGAUGACGCCGCCGAGCUGGCGCCGCUUGCUCAGCUGGAGGAGCUCAAUCUCUACGGUUGCGCUAGUGUCGGGCCCCGUGGGCUCCGAGCGCUGACGCCGCUGCCCUCGCUCACCACGCUCACCCUCGAAUAUCUGGACCGCAUCACCGACGCCGCACUUAUCCCGCUCCUUUCAGCUGCGCCUGGCCUCACAAGUCUCAACAUCACCCGAUGCUCCAAGCUCACCGACGCCGUCUUGCUUGCCCUCGCCGAGCAUGCGCCCAGUCUCACUUCCCUCCAUGUCGAGCGCGUUCACGGCGUGACUGACGCCGGCCUCGUUGCGCUUGCAGCCGGCUGCCCGCAGCUCACCUCGCUCUGCACCCUCUCGCAUGCCAUUACUGACGCCGGCGUCGCCGCCCUCGCCGUUCUCCCUCUGGCCAACCUCAACCUCGCUUACUCGGCGGUGUCCGAUGCCGGGCUGGCCGCUCUCCUCUCUGGCCCAUCGCUCUGUGCAUCGGAGCUUGUCGAGAUCGGCCUCACUGGUGCCAAGGCGGUCACUGAUGCUGGAAUCUGUGCCCUCGCAUCCCAAGCGCCCCAACUUGCGCGCUUUAACCUCUUCCGGCUGCCUUGCGUCACCGAUGCCGGAAACCGCGUGGUCUCGGUUGUCAACGACGCGCCAUCUCCGUCGCGAGCCGCUGACAUUGCCGCCGCCGUCGCCGCUGCCCAGCCUAUCCCUCCUGACACCACACCUGCUUCCACAUCCAUCUGA